AGUACGGCCCUGGCUGCCCCAGGCGCGCUGCGGAACACUGUGAGUGACGUCACGCCGGACCGCGCUUCCUCUCCCGACGACGACGACGACGAGGUGUCGGCGCAGCGGCAGAGAUACGUCAACAUCCGCGGCUCGAUGUGGCUGUUUACCUCGGGCUCUCCCAGUGCGUACGACCGGUUAUUAAGAGGGGCUCGCGUGUUAGCUGAAACGCGCGUCAUCCAGCUCCCUCACUAGCGGGCGUCUCUAUGUGUUACCACGCCAAACACUGCCCGUACCGAGUAGGUGGUAUCCUUAGAAGCAUACCAGAGACCGCGGGUGGAUUUUAUGCAGCGUCGGGAAGCCUUCGUGCGUGUGAUUCUGUCCUCUGUCACCGUGACGCCACUAUAAACAACAAGGCACUGCUGCUUCUCCUCCCUCCUUUCUUACUCUCUAAUAUUUUUAGUGCUUCUUAAGGAACUCGGCUUUCUGCGAAAGUUCACCGUUUUCGCUAUUAAAGCUCUGCGGGGAGACGGACACAGAUACUGCUCGAACUUGUAUUGGCCGUGCGUCAGCCUGGUAUGCAGUUAGCAGGAAGUUGCCGCCGAGUACUUCUGGGGACGGGACAACGGACGAGCACGUAGUGUGACCGGGGCCGGUGCAACACCGCCGCGGGGGCCCUGCCAGAGAUGUCCGGCGCGACGGCGCGCCAUCCGCCGCCCCUCACAGCCGUCACCGCCUGAGAAACCGACCGCCCGCUGGAACAGAGUGCGGCCGCCAUGGAGAUGUACUACCCGAGCGACGGCGGGGGCGGCGUCGGAGGCGGCGGGGGCGGCGAGGACUCGUUGCUGCUGCUGCAGUCGGUGCUGCUGACGUCUCUGGCGUCGCACCGGCCGCCGGCGCCGGGCGCCGCCCCCGACGCCAACGCGUCGGAGGAGGUGAUGCUGCUGCCGCCGCUCGCAGACUACGGCGAAGGGUCGGGGGCGGGCGGGGGCGGCGGCGGCCUGGGGGCGGCGACGCUGGCGCCGGACGACGGCCCCCAGCAGCUGUUCCAGGGCUACUCGGCGGCGCUGCUGCAGUUCGCCACCGCCUGCUGCGUCGUCUUCAUCCUGGUCGGCAUCCCGGGGAACCUCAUCACCAUCGUCGCGCUCUUCCGCUGCAAAAAGGUAGGCAGGCGGGCCGGCCGUAGCCUACUAAGCAGGGCAGGCGCGCCGACGCUAGGAGGCGGCAGCGCGGGACGAGUGUGA